AUGAUAACUGGCGCUGAGGGCCGGCAAACACAUACUUUGUUGGACUUGAAGAAGCAGCAAUGGGCUAAGGAACGUGAGGAAAUCGCCCGCAUGGACGAGCUCAUCUCCUCCUCCCAUCAUCAGCAGCACUCGACCAUGGCGACAUCGCACCAUCACAAAAUCGAACGCACCUCCAUACGCACCUACUACUCGAACAUGGACGUAAGUCAGUCGCAAAUGCAUAAUCAACAGCGCAGCUCACGCCAGCAACAGUUUCGACAACAGCAACAGCGUCAGCAGCAUUUUCAGCAGCCAAUUCAAACCUACGCACCAGACCUAUUACCACGCUAUCCCCAACAUAAUCCCAACCCAUAUGCCGUGCCGCUCCCGCAUGCCAGCAUGCAUUCACAGCCAGUUGGACGUCAACAGCACCAAAUACAACGCGGCGGCAAUAGCUAUGAUAACGAGCUCGAAGGUUACAUCGAUGUGGUCGGCGAUGACCCAGACGUUGACGCUGAUUACGAAGAUGACGAACUAACUGCUGGUUAUCAGCGUAGGCAACCGCCUGCACGACGCGCUUCAUUUAUGCCACGCGGCCCCGGGCGUCGCAAUCACACCACCAGCAUGAUGUCACAAAUUCCAGGACAACGCAAGUAUGCUUACGAUGAAAUGGCACUGCCUGGCGCGGGUUUACAAACAGCCAAGGCACGCAUGCAACAAGCAGCGCCAGCGCGUAUGCCACCACAACAACAGCAACAUCACCCACAAAUGCGCAUACGAAGCCCCAGCUUGCCUGUCAUUCGUCAUCAGGACUAUCUAGCACGCCAGCCCCAAUCGAAGUUGGCUGCAGAGAAAAUACCAACACACGCUACACAACUGGCACCGGCGGCAUGCGGUAUUGGCAUUCCUGUUGGUGCGCCUGGCAACGCACCGCAUCGAUCUAACAAUCCGAAUAAUCCAGGCAAUCCUGGUUGCCAGGAAGAAGACACCUCGGGCUAUCGUAGCGAUUCGCCGAAGAACCCACACACGCCGGAAAUUUGGUAUAAUGACGGCGCUAGCCUGCAAGGUAGUAGCAGCACAGCGAAUAGUGGUGGUAACGGUGCUGACGGCAGCGGCGUGGGAGUGAGUGCGGUUGCCACUGUCACUAGUGUUGAUGGUCGUGUGGGAAGCGUUGAUGAAAUGAGCGAUGGUAAUGCAAGGCGCGCAAAAAGAUCGAUAAUAGGUCAACCACUCGCCAAAAGUCAAAACCAACAACAAGAAGCGCAGGAGCGGCAACAACAGCAAGUAAUGAAUUCCACCUACGUCGUGGCUCACUCGUACAACAGCGGCAUGGAAGACAGUUGCCAGGGCAGCUACUACAUGCCCCCGCUCAGUCCCUCCAUCCACAGCACACGCGACAUCUCCACCUCGAAUACAUAUCCCAUACACCCGGGCGACCAAAACGAUUAUUUCGCAACCACAGCAACAGCACAACAGGCGCACGAGGAGCGAGAACGCGCCAAGUGGUCCAAUUACAAUAACAACAGCGUUCAUAGCGAGUACUCACUGAAGCAGAGCAACGGACCAAACUGGUUGAAUCGUGGACGUGGUCCGCACGACCUGAAAGACAGCGAAGACGACACGCAAUCAAUGCACUCCUCCUACCUACGCGGUCAGAACGCACCCGUAGAUCCGGUCACUAUGGCCGAACGUAUCGAUAAACGCCGAAAGGCAGCCGAGUAUCACAAUGCGAUUAAGCAACAGCUGCACGAGCGAGAAAUGCUGCGCAAGUGGGAGCUGGAGCGACACAAGCAGGAAGAAAUGCUGGAGGAGGAACGCUUGCGCAGGCAGAAGCAGCUUGAGCAAGAGCGCUUGGAGUGGGAGCGUCGACAGCAAAUGGAGCGCGAGCAGGUGCAGAAGAAAAAACAGCAGGCAAUGUUGGAUGCGAUCGCCAAAGCAGAGGAGGCAGCGAAGCAGGAAAAACAACGUAAGCGGAAACAGCGUGGGCCAUCACUGGAGCAGGAACUGCAGAAGGACGAGCAAGCAAUGCAGUUGGGAGCUGAUGACAAGACAGCUGAGAAGGCGGAAACUAAAGAACCGAAAACGAAAGGUAACACAAGAAAAUCGGUUAAGAGAAAUGCACCGAUAAAGCAAGGUGAGGACAAAGCGGAGUUAAAUAAGCCAAGUGAAACUGGAGGAAAGGCUGAAAACCCGCAUAAGAUACAGAGCGUGGAGAAAGCCGCAGAGCGUUCAACCACUCCACCACCGGAAGUAGGGGAAGUGAUAAACUCACAAAACUACGCUAAAAUAAUAAACGACAGAAAUGAAGCAGACAGUCAAGCUGAAGACGAGGGAGAAGAAAGGGUGCUCAUUGGCACGCCUAUAAACUUGCGUCGAAAUAUCAAAAAGAAAACUGUUCAUGCCACAGAGGUGAAAAAAGAACCGAAAAAACCACAGUUCAGCAGUGGUGCACAGGAAAACGUCGCAGUAAUCAUGCAACCAGCCACACUUAUACCACUGCCCGUGACCAGCGAUAUAUUUGGACUACAGAACGCUAUAGGCAAUCUGCAGAUCGCCACCUACUGGAUGCAACAGCAGCUAAAACCGAACACGGCAGCCUCGACGUUGGAUUUCUCAAAGACAACUGGCGAUGGCACGCAACGCACAAAUACGUCCAUUUCUACCGAAGACGGUUAUCAAGUGGAAAGCAUCGCCGACGAUGAGCCGAAGAGUGUUGUAGAAGUUAGCGAGGAAACUGUAGUCGAGAAGGCAGACCCGACCACUAUUUCGCAAAAAGGCGGAAAGGAAGGACCAGCUCAAGUAGAGUUAGCGCUUAUGCCACUCGAGUCCUUACCACCAGUUGCUGCUGAUCAACUCAUUAUCAACCAACAGGCACACCAGGAUGUGGAAACACAAACGGAACUACCACUCAAUUGUGAUUUGUGCCUCUUCCAUGAUAAUUUCUACAAAGUGUUGCUAAAGCGCGAAGUUUCGACCACAACGACAACGCAAACCUCGAAAAGUAAGAGCAAACCAGCCAAAGAGGCAGACAAAGACCAAGAAACAACAACGACCACUACCACCACAACAACAACCACCUUCAAGGCAAAGUCCAAAGACAAGGAGAAGGAGAAGGAGAAGGAGAAAGAUAAAGAGAAGGACAAAGAACGCGACCGCAACAAGCGCAACCCGAAAGAUGGCGGCCCAAGCAACGCUAACGUAAUAGUAAACACGCACAAUAAUAACAAUAAUCACAAGGUAGACGUCCGCCCCAAGUGGGGUGUCAAUCGUCCGGUCGUGCAAUAUGUGAAGGCUAGCGAGCGCGACCCAUUCUACUUGCGCAACAAGAAGAAGCACACAAACAAUCAACACGUCAAACCGCCACGCUCGCAGUCGGUUGAUGCACGCUUAGACAAUGGCAUCAAUGAGGCGGACGAUGACGAUGACGAUGACGAGGGAUUACGUGGUUCGGAUAGCGCUUGUGAAGAUGACGGCAGUUCGAAUGUAGAGGAGGGUUUCUUACUGAAAGCACGCAAUGUUUGCACUGAAAUUUUACCCAUCAAAACAGAUGAAAAGGGGCGCAUAUUCUUGAAUUUCCGCGAAGCAAGUGCCAUUAUGAACGAAGACGAGAUUAAGGAUAAGUUGAGGCAACGGUAUUUUAAUUUUGGUCGCAUACUACCGCGACGUAGCUGGGCUUCAGCUACGCAGCAGGGCCUACAGUUUAGAGCCGUGGCAGCAAAUGCGGUGACAGUGCAACCAACUGCGCAUCUGGCUGAUGAUUAGGAGGUAACUACAUAAGUAUUCAGCGGUUGGAUUUAUUGAAAAUAUUUGCAUGUAUACUCAAUGCACUUUGAAAUUGAGACAUAUUAUG